AUGGCAGAGGAGAAACCGUCAUUGCCAGCGGACUAUGUGGUGCCAAAGGUCUGGGAGUACAAGGAGCAGGGCGGCACCUUCGGCGGCACCAAUCGGCCCUAUGCCGGCGCCUGGGGCGAGGACAAGCCCUUAGAGAAGGGCGAGCACAAGAUCCAGCUGUAUUCGAUGGGAACUCCGAACGGGGUCAAGGUGACCAUCCUCCUGGAGGAGUUGGUGGAGACCUUCCCCGACUUCGAGUACGAUGCCUGGCUCAUCCCCAUUAACGGCGUGCAGUUUACCUCAGGCUUCCAUUCGGUGAACCCCAACUCCAAGAUCCCUGCGAUGAUGGACUACUCCGACAAAGACAAGCCGGUGAGAGUUUUCGAGUCGGGCUCCAUCAUGCUCUACUUGGCUGACAAGUUUGAUAAAGACGGGAAGUUCUUCCCGAAGGAAUACCCCGCACGUGCCGAGUGCCAGAGCUGGCUCAUGUGGCAGAUGGGCAGCGCGCCCUUCAUUGGUGGUGGUUUCGGACACUUCUAUCACUAUGCGCCUGUCAAGAUCGAGUAUGCCAUCAACCGCUAUGCCAUGGAGACCAAGAGACUGCUGGACGUCUUAGACAAACACCUCGGCGAGGGAAGCAAGCAGUACGUCUGCGGUGACCAGUACACGAUUGCUGACAUGGCCAUUUGGCCCUGGAUUGGCUGGCUAGUGGAUGGAAAGAUCUACGGAGAAGCGGCAGAGUUCCUGCAAGUGCAGGAGUACAAAAACGUGUGUGCGUGGUCCAAGCGCAUUGGAGAGCGGCCUGCAGUGAAGCGCGGCGUCAUGGUGAACCGCCCCUUCGGCGAGAAAUCACAACAGCUUCACAAUCGACACGCGCGCAGCGAUUUUGAGACCAAGACCCAGGACAAACUUGAGGCAGCAUGA